GAAAAUGGACGUGCACCUUUAACGUAUACAUCAGACGUCACUCUCUUAAGAGACAUACGGUAAUGCUUCCGCCCUCGCGUAAACCUCGAGAAGGAGGGGGCAGCAGGAUGUGUCAUCAUUCUGCGCCGGCCUGCCCAGCGACGCGCCGGCGGCUGGCGCAGCCCUUCGCUCGCCCGGCCUCCCCCUCCCCGGUUCCGCGCUCUGGUUCCGCCAUGGAAUCCAACAAGGAUGAAGCCGAGCGCUGUAUUAGCAUCGCUCUCAAGGCCAUCCAGAGCAAUCAGCCCGACCGGGCGCUCCGCUUCCUGGAGAAGGCGCAGCGACUGUACCCGACACCACGGGUUCGUGCUCUGAUCGAAUCCCUCAACCAGAAACCACAGCCUGCCAGUGAACAACCCCAACCCACAGACACGACCCACACGACCCACAGGAAAGCAGGUGGGGCCGAUGCCCCCUCGGCCAAUGGGGAAGCUGGAGGUGGAGAGAGCACCAAAGGCUACACUACAGAACAAGUAGCGGCUGUGAAAAGGGUCAAGCAGUGUAAAGAUUACUACGAGAUCCUGGGGGUGAGCAGAGGGGCUUCAGACGAGGACCUGAAGAAGGCCUACCGAAAACUGGCCUUGAAAUUCCACCCCGACAAGAACCAUGCACCUGGUGCCACUGAGGCUUUCAAAGCCAUCGGCACAGCCUAUGCGGUACUGAGCAACCCUGAGAAGAGGAAGCAGUAUGACCAGUUUGGGGAUGACAAGAACCAGGCAGCCCGGCAUGGCCAUGGCCAUGGGGACUUCCAUCGCACCUUCGAGGCUGACAUCUCCCCUGAAGACCUCUUCAACAUGUUCUUUGGUGGUGGCUUCCCUUCUAGUAAUGUCCACGUCUACAGCAAUGGCCGAAUGCGCUAUACUUACCAGCAAAGGCAGGACCGCAGGGAGAACCAGGGUGACGGCGGGCUGGGGGUGUUUGUCCAACUGAUGCCCAUCCUCAUCCUGAUUCUCGUGUCAGCUCUGAGCCAGCUUAUGGUCUCCAGUCCACCCUACAGUCUGAGCCUGAGGCCGUCCGUGGGCCAUGUCCACAAGCGAUUCACUGACCACCUGAACGUCGUCUACUACGUGGCAGACACCUUCUCCGAGGAGUACACAGGGUCUAGCCUCAAAGCAGUGGAACGGAAUGUGGAAGAUGAUUAUAUCGCUAACCUCCGGAACAACUGCUGGAAGGAGAAACAGCAAAAGGAAGGCUUGCUGUACCGGGCCCGCUACUUCGGCGACACAGAUAUGUACCACAAAGCCCAGAAGAUGGGCACUCCGAGCUGUAACCGACUCUCAGAGGUGCAGGCCUCCCUGCAUGGAUAGUCCUGGGCCAGCCACACCACCGAGGUCCAAACUAUGAAAUCCCUGGAGAAUUUUUGGUGACAUGCACUGAGCCAAGGUGAUGGACUUGUAUAUUUAAGGAAAGACAUAAAAAUGAAAAAAAUUAAAGUGGAAUUGGAGGCCGAACACCGCACAACUGCCCUCUCCCCCCAGUAAAUGCAGAUCGUUCUUAGGACAGACCAGAAGGCCUGCCUUCCUCCCAGGGCUGGCAAGGCCCCAGCUCCUAGGAUACAGGAACCAUGGCAACGAAAGUAGAAUGUAAAACUUGCAGCAAAUGUGUGGGAAGGGCUGGGGGAGGGGGUGGCCACUGUGUUCCCUCCCCCUCCCACUGGCUGUCACCUCUCAGAAGAGACCAGUCAGAUUUUGGGUCAAGAACAGAGCGGAGGAAGGAAACCUUUCCUUAGGAUGUAACUUAUAGAUGCAUGUAUAUGUAUAUAUAUCUAUUUAUAUGUAAAUAGGCAUAUAUAAAAAGAUAUAUAUAUAUAGUCUAACGUUUUAAACUCUGCAGGGAUUUGGUU